AUGGUACAGGAAGUUCGAAAAAUUGAACACGACAAAGAAACUGGAGCCGAAGACCCGACAACGGGAACCCGAAACCAGAGUGCGGAUAACACCCGAAACAACUCGUGCGCCGCUCAACACUCGCCCGAGAACAUGCAACAAGAUAAUAAAAUGGCUAAUGUAGAAGAGUCUGAUGUCGCUGCCGAGUGCGAGUAUAGAAAAGAAAAAGGAGUGGCAAAAUGGCAUGAAAAGUUUCUUGUGGAAUAUCGAGGUGGUAGAAAAACGGAAGGAAGAAAGUGCAUUAAAUGCAAUGUUUUGAUUAAGAGUAUUGGGGCGUCAACGACUUCGAUGACUCAACACACGCAAGUGUGUGAUAGCAAAACGGUCCAAACUGUCAUUGCAUCGGACCAAACUGUAAUUCCUUUCAAGCGGGCUAGAGUUCAAGACGGCUUGAAUGAAGUUGCUAAACUUGUAUAUGAAGACAAUAUACCAGUGUACAAAGUUGUGCGUUCUCCAACGUUACAAUCAUUUUUUAAGCAGCUUCACUUUAGUAAAGUCACCUACUGUUCAGUCAACAAUGCGCUGGAGGAAGGGCUGAUUGUUGACAAUGUUCAACCAAUUCUCAACUCCCGAGAUUCGCUGUCUAUUAUCAAGAAACGGAAAAGUUCAGCUGCAUCGACGAUCCAACGUCAUUUCAGAGAGUGGAAGGCUACCAAAACGGACGCAUUGUUGGAGGAAGCAGAAGAUGAAGAAAUGAGCAGUAGUUCGGCUAGUGUUGGAAAUGAAAGUGACAAAGGAAUAGAGGUCGAACCAGAAGAAAUCAAGGAAGGUGACGUUGAAGAGGAGGUCGAACAAAUGCAGCAACAUCAGGACGAAGAAGAGAACGAUAAAACUGUGCGAUCGUUUACGUCUUCGGAAAUGGAAAAAAGACAGGUGGCGGCUACCAAGAUUCAGAGCAACUUCAAAGGAUUCAUGACCAGAAAAGGAAUCAAAGAUGGUAAUAUUGUGGUGAAUGACCACCCCAUUUUGGUAUCUCGUGGCUCCAUCAGAAGUUUAGACGUCAGAAGAGAGCAGCCAUUUCGAGAUUUAAAAGACAAUAAAACUGAGGCUAGUGAAGUUGUGCCUGAAGAGUCGGAAGAAGACGCCAGUUACAAGUACUCCUCUUCUAAACAGUCCUCACAUCACGCACCCACAGCAACCAUUCUGGAGGAGACGGAACCCAAGACAUCGGAGUACUCGCAGCAAAUGAAGAAAAGUGGCGAAAAGGAGGCCACUACGAAUAACCAAGGAUCGGAGAAUCCUGUUCCUCCGAAGAUAGAGCAAGAGAACAGUAUCUCAGUGGCGAGUGUGACCAUGCCUCAGUCAGCUGUCACUUCUUCCCUCUACGAGAAGUUAUUACCGCGAGAUGAGUCCAUGUACACAGCCAGCACUCCGGGUACGGAAGGAAGAGUCAAUCAUGAAAAGAAGCGUCAGGGGUCUCUGGCAGACACUGAGACUAUGGGGCCGGCGGAGUCUGUCCAGGACGCUGACAAAUUGUUCAUGCCGGCUAUGGUGGAAGGAGAUGUGAGCAAUGUAGCUGUGAUAAAGUCAUCCAAUAAACAGGAGGAAUCGUCUCGUCAUUCUCCCAUAUUGGAGCUAGAUGGAAAACAUUACGGUGGAUUUCAAGCUAGCAAGGAGGAGAAUCAGCAGCAGGUGCAUGAGCAAAAGCCGACACAGAGACGUAAGAGCUAUGGAUUUCAGCUACUCACUUCAGUCGAUGAUUCAGACGAGGAUGACCUGGAUGGACUGCCAGGCAUAUCAGCCAUCAAUUCUACUGACGACAGUGAAGAUGAAGAGGAUGAGAGUGAAGAAGAGGAGGAGGAGGGUAUGGGCAUGUUCGAACAGGAAGUGGCAGACAGACGCAACAGCUACCAGGCUGUUGAGAAUAUCUACAUGAACCCUCCGCCGGCACCGGAAGAUGAGGACCCCAGAGCAACUCCACCCAAGAGAGCUAGCCUGAUGCAGGAGCCGAACUUGGUGUUCGACCAGCUGGCACAGGAGCAUGCGGCAACUCGUAUCCAGUCACAUAUCAGAGGGACUAUGGCAAGACGUUCCUCGGAGUACAGAAGCAUGUCGGUAAAAACGAAAAAAUCAAUGCCCUUCACUGCAUGAAAGCUGUUGAAGAUACUUCUGAAGGACUGACUAAAAGAAAAACUUAAUAAUGGCAUGGAGACGAGAGGAGGAAAAUUGAUUCGAGUGAACUCAUUAAUGAGUUGAUUAUUUCAUGAAUUGCUGGUUUGUUGUGGAUGGAGCUGUUUGUUUAAUCGGGCACUUAGUGUGCUUGUUGUUUUGAUUUUAUUGCGAUGAUUUAAAAAAAAUUGUUCGAAUAAUUAAUUAUUUCUAAUUGAAGA